CUCCAAGCCAUAAUCACCUCUAUCUACGACAUUGGAGAUGAAGCUGGAGCACUCCUCAACUUCUUCUUCGGUGAACAACUCGGCCGCAAGAAUAUGAUUAUUGCAGGAGGAACGAAUAUGAUUGUUGGGACGGUCCUCCUUGGCUCCUCUACCACCCUUGCUCAACUCCUCUUCAGACGAAUCGUCACAGGUAUCGGGAACGGCUUUAACAGCUCAACAAUGCCCAUGUACCAAUACAAGAUGUGCAAGCCCUCCAACAGAGGCAUACUCCUCAACAUGCAAGGAACGGUAACCAUUAUCGGUCUCUGCAUUGCCUACUGGCUCGAUUUCGGUCUCUCCUUUGCAAAAGGACCCAUUCAAGGGCGCCUCCCCAUCUCCUUCCAAGCAUUCCUCUCUGGACAGUGGAGAAGUUCGGCAGCAGAACACUGCUCAUGUUUAGCGCUAUGGGUUUGUAUCUUUGCUUUUCCAUGGUUUCGAUACUAUUGA